UGUAAUUAAAUUUUUUUUUCAAAUACUACUACAUAUUCACCUGUGGAAAGUUCAAUAUUCUAGUUAAUACUAUAUUCAUUAGAUUAAAAAAAAAAACUUUACCCAUCUUAUUGCAAUAUUAAAUAAGAUAAGAUACAAUGUCUUCCAGCGGUGAUGAGCAGCAACAGCAGCCUCAGAGGCGGCAGACGGUGACUCAGGAGACGGACCACUCGGACAUUUCAGACCAGGUAUCUGAAACAUCGCGACCGCCUCGCACUCGUCGCCGUAACCGACGUCGCCCCGGGUCGGUGCAACCCCUCCAACAGCAAGAUGAUCAGCAGAUGCUUCAACAGAGGCAGCAGCAACAGAUGAUGCAGCAACAGCAACAGCAACAACAGCAGAUGAUGCAGCAGCAGCCGCAAGGUGGCAAUGAGAGCAAGUCGGACACCCUCAAGCUCCGUCUCGACCUUAACCUCGAGGUAGAGGUAACGCUCAAGGCUCGUAUCCACGGCGAUCUGACCUUGGCAUUGAGGGACACUUGAGAAUAUCCGAAAACAACACGGCACGAAUAUUAUGAUGUUUAAUGAGGAAGUUCCAUAUGAUGAACGGGAGAGAGAUGUCUUUCCACAAGAAUGAAACUAGAAAGAGAUGGUGCUGUCGAAUUGAUAAUAAUGUUAGAGGCACCUGGAACAUGGGUUGCGUGAUUUCUAUCCUUCGUGUAGCAAAAAGGUAUAUCUGUUGCGGUUGAAAUUAGGAGGUUGGCAUGAUGAUUUGGAAUAGCAACCUCAUUACUAUAUGAUGAAGUUAUCUUAAACCAUCUUUUCCAUUUUUACUUGGAUUUCCGAAGCUUCUUCGUCCGCCUUUCUCUCACGCUGGAUAGUAAUGUGAUACCAGGCGUAGACCGUGAUCGCAGUGAGCCCGAUCGCGAGUGUGGCAAACAGCCAGAUGUACUUGGACACAACAGAGCCCCCAUCUUGGGCAUUCCAGUCAAACAUAUCCAUCGAGAAUAUACUC